AUGGAAGGAGCUAAUAAGGUGACUAUCUGGGUCAUAACUGGCCUGAUGGCCGUCCUCACCAUGUUCUUCAAUCUGUUCAUCUUCCUGAUGAGCCUGAAGAGCUAUAAGCAGAACAAACACUGGACCCCCUGUGAGACCAUCAUCACAGCCCUGUCCUUGGCCAAUGGAUCUCACCAGCUGCUCUGCUAUCUCUGGAUGACCAUGACCGAAAUAGACAAAGACUGCCGACUGGAAGAGCUGUUCUACUCCUUAAUGAUAUUGAUAGUGUUCAGCCUCAAGUUCACUAUCAUGUGGACCACCUCCUUCCUGACCUUCUACUACAGCACCAAGUUAGUGAUCGAGCCCAUCCACUGCUACACCAAGAUCCAGGAGGCCAUCCUGAAGCACGUCACCACUGUGGUCGUGGUCAUCCCUAUGUGUGGUCUCAGCACGUGUCUGCCCAUGCUGACUGUCCUCGUCCCUGAGAACAAUACAUCGGAAAAUAAGGACUGCGGUUCCAUCAUGCCUAAUGACACCCCUGGCAUGAUCUAUAACACUGUUUAUCUAGUCCUCUCUAAUAUCCUACCGGGAGUUCUGAUGGUAAAGUGUUGCAUAUCCAUCUCUGUUCACCUGGGCAUCCAUCUCCAGCACAUGAAGGCCAGUACCAAUGGUUCCCACGCACCCAAGCUGGGCUCUGAGAUGCGGGUGAUACGCAUGACCCUCGCCCUGGUGGUUGUUUUCCUCUGUUUCAUGGUGGUUGAUCUAUAUGCGUACUAUCAGGUGACGGUGAAGAAAGAGAAUGCUAUUCUGCUCUCUUUUCUCUUCACCUCCAUCUAUACCACUUUCAGUGCCUUGGUUCUUAUCUACGGUAAGAAGACAUUCUGGAAGGUUCUCCUCCACUCUUACAAUGUCGGCCUGGAUGAGUUUCCCUGUCUGUCCUGCCUAAAGGUGCCAGAGACCAAAUGCAAACCCAGCUCUGCUCACACAGUCAAACACUGA